ACUCGAAACAAAUAAGGCUGUCACUUUUAUUUACAAAGAUUUGUUUCUCAUUACAAAUUAAGAAUAUUCAACCUUAAUUGUCGUAUUAAUCAAUUUCAAACAUGAGUUGUUUCGAGAAUGUGACAAUGCCAGGCUGCGUGUGGUUUGAAAAUGGAGAAAAGAGGAAUAUUUUGGCGUCUAUAGCAUCAGGAUUAUUGUUCUUCACAGGAUGGUGGUUUAUCAUCGAUGCAGCUUCUGUGUACCCCGGCAACCUGCCAAAUGCUGCUCAUGUGUGCGGUGUCAUGGCUACCCUGUCUCUCAUCAUGGUCAACUCUGUGUCUAAUGCACAGGUGAGAGGGGAGACAUACACAGGUGGCUGCAUGGGACCCCGUGGAGCUCGUCUCUGGCUGUUCCUUGGCUUUGUCGUUGGGUUUGCUUCUCUCAUCGCUGCCUGCUGGAUACUUUUCGCUAAUUAUGUUAACGCAGGCAGCUCAAAGGCGACCUGGCCAGGAGUGAGCCUGUUCAUGCAGAACGCCUUCAUCUUUGCCGGCUCCCUAGUGUUUAAGUUCGGUCGCACUGAGGAUCUGUGGGCGUAAGCCAAUAAUCUCAUACUCUUUCCCGAUCCAUGUCUAGUUAUUAAACUGCACUUAUAGCCGCAUUCAAAUUUUAAAUUAAAUUCUUUAAUUUUUUCGCCAUUUUUAAAACGCUUUUUCUGCUUUCAAAUCCAAAGCAGUGUGUUAUUAUGUGCCUUUUUACAGCAAUUCUGUAACUAGACAUGCGAAUCCAAGGAUAUAUUAUUAGGUUGAAUUAUAAUAACAUUAAAAUUGUAAGAAAUCUUUUUAGUGUAUUUUACGUAAUUUUUUAUUCGAUAAGAACGAAUAUUAGAUUCAAACAAAUAUUUUUAUUGUAUUAUUAACUUAUCAAGGUGUACCAGUAAAAGUGUCUGUAUAAAUAAAUAACUUUAUUGAUUUGGCAUUAAUAAAUUACAUUGAUUGAAGUACAUUAAAGAUCUUAUUAAGAGUA